AAACAGUAGAGAGUACACAUUUGGCAAUGUAUCUUAAAGUAUCGGGGUGCAUAGGUCAAUUAGCUCGAAUUUUUCUCUGAAAUACAUCUUCCCCAUUUCUCCUCGCGAAUUAGGGUUUAAAAUCAAAAUUCAAAAUUGCUGCAGAAUCAUCACGGCAAAAGUUUUCUUGUGAUUCGCGAUUGUUGGGUGGAUAUGGAAAGGUCCAUUGAACCGAGGGCUUCUUCCUCUGAGAAGCUCCAAAAGUGCUCUCAUGGGAACGAUGCAAGUCCAGUUGAUAGGAUCAGCAAUCUGCCGGAGCCUAUCAUUUGUCACAUUCUCUCGUUUUUACCCACAAAGUUUGCUGUUGGAACUAGCAUUUUAUCGAAAAGUUGGCAAUUUCUCUGGGCUAAAGUUAACACCUUAGAUUUCAAUGACGAGUUAUUGCUUAACAGCGAUGAAGAAGAGGAUGAAGACGACGAAUUCGCAGGCGGCGGCGACGGCGACGGCGAGAAUAAGAAUUUUGAGGAAUUUGUUAACAGUGUCUUUAUUCGACACAAGUCUGUCACACUGGAGAAGUUUCGUCUCCGUUGGAGGCGCGGCGGGUGUCAUGCGGGUUAUAUCAAUACCUGGUUUCGCGACGCAAUCGCUCGGAAUGUUAAAGUUAUUGAUUUGAAUGUUGACUAUCCAGAUUCAGCUUACGUUACUCAAGAUAUUGGUUUUGUGUACCAUCUACCAGGUACCCUUUUCACCUGUAAAACACUUGAGUUUCUAAGCUUGGAAGGCCCUUUCCUGUUUAAGAUCCCUGCUAUGGUUUGUCUUCCCAAACUAGCAGUCUUGCAACUUAUCAAGGUUUCUUACGAAAUUGGAUCGGACGAGUCUUUUUGUAAUUUUAUAUCUAGUUGUCUAGUGCUCGAUUCGCUCAGCAUCACUAGGUCUUCUGGCGAUAAUUUAAUAGUUUGUGCCAUAUCUUCCCGUUCACUUAGAUUUCUUCAAUUGCAUUUUUAUAGUGCUUUUCUUAGCCACUGGUCUGAGACUGAGCGGCUGACAAUAGAUGCCCCUGCUCUUGAACACCUCAUUUGGAGGGAUGAAGUAUCCAGAAUAUUCUCAUUACAAGGGCUAUCCUCUUUGAGCAAAGUGCAACUUGGUCUGCAUGCUUUGAAAUGCUAUUCCGACUGCUACAAUUUGGUUGUUAAGCAAGUUGAAGCAGUGAAUUGUGCGAAGUCACUGGAGUUAACUCGCUGGACUUCGAUUGCUCUUGCCUGUGCCACUACUAGUGUGUCAACAAGGUUUGAGAAUUUAACCGAAUUGUGCAUAACAUGUAGGUGCUGUGGCUGGAGCUUCCUGAAUGACUUAAUGGAUUGUGCAAAGAAACUAGAAGUCCUUCGCAUCACAAUAGGUUCAAGCUGUAAACGAAAACAUAAAAGAUGCUGGAGGAAACCUACGGAUGUCUUGGAAUGCCUUUUACACAGUCUGGUACAAGUAUCAUUUACUGGAUUUGAAGGCCUUAAGCAUGAGUUAGAACUGAUAAGGUAUAUUCUAAAGCAUGGUUCAGUGAUGAAAAGAGUAAAUUUGGACAUCGAAGCUGCUUCUCGUGAUUCCCUCCUACAAGAGAAGAUAUCAAUGUUCCCCAGAAUCUCUCAUUCCUGUCGAAUCAAAUUUUCUUGAGAUGCCUGCAAUGGUAUGUUUCAUACAAUGGGAUUGUUCUGUGAAGUUUUGUUUGCUGGAUGUUGCGCCAGCGCAGCUUUGAUAAAGUUGUGACAAGACAUUCUAGCCUCGAGGGAUAGUCAUAUAAGCAGUUUCAAUAUCCUAUAUUGUGCGUUAGUCUAAAGAAUUAAGGCUGUUUUGGGAUUUAUUGUUUGUUUUAUCUUCAAAUCCACCAUGACUCUAUGGAUAGACGGCUUGCUGGCAGUUGGUGGUUGCUUAGUGCUCUAAGUCACUUGGCUUAAUGUUGGCUGUGUUUAAAUUUCACUAGUUAGUUGCUUUUUAAAUUUCAUGUUUAAAUAUCUAGUCUUGAUGAAGAUUCGAUAUACUCUAUUGAUAACUAUAUCUGGUCCUGGACUUUUGACAACUCAGGUUAGCAUUUUCAUAAUGUGGUUGAUUUGUUUUCCAGAGAGAUAAUUGGUUGGUGCUCCAGCAAACUCUAUUCUAGAAUUCGAUUUGUGUAGGUAGUUACAAUGUUUAUGCGUUUAUACAACCAUGAUUGAGAAAUUAUAUUAGGCAUAUAGAUUCGACUUUUCCCCUAUGUUCAUUUUCUUGUAAGUACAAAGUUCUGUGGUUUUUUAAUAUUGCCUGAGCUUGCAAUAUCAGGCAGUUUUAGGUUUUCCUUUGUAGAUUUUUUCAAGUCAAAGAUAGAUCUUGAGGAUCAGAAAUGAAAGGCUCCACAGGGUCCUUGAACCCGAAUUUCUAGUGCUCAAGUUGAAGCAACAGGCGCAGAUAGAUCAUAAUAGACUGCAUUCUCAACGUUUAAGUAUACAAAAAAUGGUAUCAACCGCAGAUCAAAACUAGCAAACCUUUCCUCUGAUUUCUUCUUUCCAAGGAGAUUGUUUAGUGCUUCAACAGUUGGACCCAUGUACUUCUGCAAUUUAUAAAAAGAUUUGAAGCCAAAGUAUUAGGUUUCAAGGUCAGUUACCUCAAAAGUGAAUGAGCUAUGGUCUCAAUGUCUUUAUUUAAAUACAAUCAACGUUGCAGUUUAUUUAGCUUGAAAUGUGAUCUGAUUAUGUAUGUUUUCAUCACAUUGAAAGUUUAGUCUUCUUGUAGUAGUGAACUUAUGUUUUGCAGAGACCAUUUGUUUGUUGGGGACGAGAAUUUUACUUCUUUUUGGUACCUGAAUGCAUUCUGAUUGUUUAUGUUAAGGAGAUGUUAUAGAUCAGAAAGGAUGGUUUUCUCCAUAGAACUAAUGUGGCGUUAUGUGAUUUGGAAGAAAUUUGAUGUUCCUGUGUGAACAAUUAUAUCAUUGCAGACUUAUCAAAUCACUUCUGCUUUUGUGAAAUGAGCUGACUUCUUGAUUAUACUGAAUGAUAUACUUCUAUUAAAAGGAGCUCUGCCAU